CCCACCCCCCACCCCCCACCAUGAUCCCGUACCCGCUUCACGCCGACAUCCGCUCCUCCGCAGACCUCACCUCCCUCUACCGACAGUACCUCCGCGUCCUCAACAACCGCACAUUCGACCUCAUGGCACGCUUCGUCGCACGGCGGUGUGUCCACAACGGCCACCGCAUGAGCGCACAGGAGUACUCGACCCUCAUAAAGCCCGGCGCGACAUUCUGCGCCGACGAGAUCGUUGCCGAUGUCUCACAGCGCACCAUCGCCGCACGCCUCCACAUCGAGUUCCCCGCCUCGUACCCCGGCGGCGUGAGGAAGGUGCGCUCACGCACCGAGUCGAACGGCGACGCUCGCGAAGCUUCCCCCACAGGCAGCGCAACACACGAGCGCCACUCCCCCACCCGCACCACAAGCACGCCCCGCAUCACCCGCCUCAGCGAGCACGUCUUUUACCACUUUGACGAGAACUGGCGCAUCGACCGUGUGUGGAGCAUGGUCGAGGACGUCAGCGACCAGACCAAUAUGCGCAACUCGAUGGCCGUCGGUGGCGACCACUUCCCGGCCUUCGGGGUAGGGCGUCUGACGUCGUUUGGUCGGUCCGUUCCCAUUCCUCACUUUCCUCCGUAAUCCCACCACCUCGAGCUCUGGAUCUCUCGUCUCUCGAUCUCUCGAGCCACGAGCAUGGCAUGCUGCUUGAUGUUGAGUGAUGCUGACACUGCAGAGCGAGCCACAUAAGCGUCUAGCAGCAGCUGCCCACGGCCCACGGCCCACAGCCCACGGCCCACGCUGCCCGGUCCUGCAUAGAGCCAAGAUCGGCUCAUAUCGUGU